ACAGCUGCAGUGACUAGUGCUGAAAGCUUGCUGGACCCUUUCACCCUACUGAAUCUCUUAACCAUGGAACGGGAAAUCAAGAUUUGUUCCAAGAUGAUUUUCACCACUUUGCUCUUCCUGGCACUGUCGGGAAUGGGAAACCCGAGCCUUAUCAGCAAGAGUCACAAAGGAGACAAUCCCCUGCUGCAGUAUGUCCUCAAUAACUCUUUAAGGGAACAUCCAGUGCUGACCAAACUACGGCUGAGAACUAUGGAAGAUCCCAGGAAAGGCAUGAUGGUGGCAGCAGAACAAGCUCAGCUAAUGGCCAAUUUACUGAAGUUAAUUAAAGGAAACAAAACCAUAGAAAUAGGCAUGUACACGGGAUACAACACUCUGAGCAUGGCUCUGUCUGUUCCUGAAGAUGGUAAAGUGGUGGCAUGUGAAAUAGAGGAGAAAUAUAUCAAUAUUUCCAAACCAUUCUUUGCAGAGGCUGGGGUGGAGAAUAAAGUUAAUAUUCGCCAGCAACCUGCACUCACAACUUUGGACGAACUCCUUCAAGCUGGUGAAGCUGGAACAUAUGACUUUGUGUUCAUCGAUGCUGACAAGAAAAACAAUGAAAAUUACUACGAAAAAUCUCUCCAGCUUCUUCGGAAGGGAGGCAUAGUAGCUAUUGAUAAUGUCCUUUGGGGAGGGAGAGUCAUCAACCCCGAAGAGAGCGACACCACCUCCCAGAGCAUCGACGAACUGAACAAGAAAAUACACAAAGAUAAACGAGUCGAUCUGAGCAUGCUCCCUGUCGGAGACGGCCUUACCCUGGCUAUUAAAUUAUAAUUCCUCACUAUACAUUCAAACAGAACAGAGAAAAACAUGACUAUGACAGUAAAAUAAUCGAUUAAUGAAUAUUUAGGUCGCACUGUCAUUUACAUACUUGUUCAAUAAAAGAUUACAUGUCACUCAAUAACAAA